UUUCUGUCAUAUGGUGCAAACGCAGUUUGCAAAAUCUGUUAGGCGAAUUCAAGGUGAUAAUGGUCACGAAUUUCGCACGGAUAUUUUACAGGAGUUUUAUGCCACUAAGGGUAUUUUACUACAGACCUCCUGCACAGACACACCGCAGCAGAACGGUGUUGUUGAACGAAAGCAUCGACAUAUUCUAGACACAGCCAGAGCCUUACGGUUUCAGGCAAGUCUACCGAUUCGUUUCUGGGGAGAAUGCAUCCUUACUGCGACAUAUUUGAUCAAUCGUUUACCAACAAAGGCCACUGGUAAAACUCCCUUUCAGAUUCUCUUUGAUAAGCCUGCUAACUAUGAUCAUUUGCGCGUGUUUGGUUGUUUGGUUUAUUACAAGGAUACUCACGCUCAUUUGGACAAGUUUGCGGCUAGAGGACGUGCUGGUGUUUUUCUUGGUUAUGCCGCUAGUCAGAAGGGCUAUCGAAUAUACGAUCUGGUCACUCGAAAAAUGCUCACCUCUCGUGAUGUCAUUUUUCAUGAGACACGCUAUCCCUUCCAGGCUGAUACUGGCCGAGAAUUACAUUGGGUACCACGUCCCAUGGUGCCGGCUGUCGAGGACCACAUAGAGGGCUCCACUCCUCUCGGUCACACUACACCUUCCGCCGACCAGCCCUUGUCUCCAACCCCUCUCCGCACGGUUCCUCCUACUCAUCCACAGCAUGGGUCUCCCUUAUCUACUCCGGCAAAUUCCCCUGCUACGCCAAUGAGCAUGAGGAAUGAGAGCCAAGGAGAGUCGGCUAUAACGUCGCCAGCCAUGCACGAGUUAGCCUCCACACCUGGUGGCUCGGUUGGUGAGCACCUUGAGCAGCCACCUGAAGACUCGAUUCCCUCGCCAGCCGUUCCAGAGCCACCUGUUCCUCCAGUUCGCAGAGGUGAUCGAGCAAGGACGCGUCCCAAACAUUUGGACGCGUAUGACAUGGCUUAUGCCACCCAUGCUCCAUCUGCCUCGCCAGUUCAGGGAAGUGAAGCCUCUCCUGUUCGCUAUCCCCUUGCUUCAUAUGUUACUUAUGACAACUUUAAACCUCAUUAUCAUUCAUUUCUUGCAGCUAUUACCCAGGAGGACGAGCCCCUUUAUUUCCACGAGGCCGUGCGCCACAAGUUUUGGCGCGACGCCAUGACCAGAGAGAUUGUGGCCCUUCAAGAAAACGGCACUUGGACAUUGGUUGCAUUACCUCCUGGGAAGCGCGCCAUCGCCUCAAAAUGGGUAUAUAAAAUUAAAUACCUUCCCGACGGUACUAUUGAGCGUUACAAAGCGCGUUUAGUCGCGAAGGGCUAUACUCAAAUUGAAGGCUUGGAUUUCCACGACACCUUUGCUCCUGUGGCUAAAUUGGUCACUGUUCGGUGUUUGAUAGCUGUUGCUGUCAGUCGAGGCUGGGAUUUACAGCAACUGGACGUUAAUAAUGCUUUUCUGCAUGGUGAUUUAGAAGAAGAAGUUUACAUGGAAAUUCCUCAAGGGUUUCGUGCUCCCGGUGAUAAUAGAGUUUGUCGUCUUCAUAAGUCCAUAUAUGGCCUUCGUCAAGCUUCUCGCAACUGGUACCAGAAAUUUACUGCUACCUUAUGCAAGUUCGGUUUUCGUGCAUCCUCAGCAGAUCACUCUUUGUUCAUCUAUCACCAUGGACAGACCUUCUUUGUCGCCCUCAUUUAUGUCGACGACGUCAUCCUCACUGGCAAUGACUCAUCCUUCAUCGCCAAAGUCAAGACUUUUCUGCAUGAUCGGUUUAGCAUCAAAGAUCUUGGUCCCCUUCGCUACUUUCUCGGUAUUGAAGUGGCCCGUACAGCAGAAGGUGUUUCUCUUAGUCAACGAAAGUAUGUUCUGGACAUAUUAGAGGAUGCUGGACAGCAGGCGUCUCGCCCCAGCCCGUUUCCUAUUGAGCAAAAUCACCAGCUCACACGACCCACUGAUGAUGUGCUCGCCGAUCCAUCCCCUUACCGCCGAAUGGUUGGGAUACUCUUAUAUUUGACGGUUACUCGUCCUGACAUCACCUAUGCGGUGAAUAUUCUGAGCCAGUUCGUUAACGCACCCAGUCAUGCUCACAUGGAGGCCGCCCAUCGUGUUCUGCGCUAUCUUAAAGCCUCACCUGGGCAGGGUUUGUUUUUUCCCAUUACUAACCCUCUUCGUCUUACUGCUUAUUGUGAUGCAGAUUGGGGCGGGUGCCAAAGCACUCGUCGUUCUACUACUGGCUAUUUCAUCAGCCUUGGUGGCGCACCAAGAAACAAAGAGUUGUUGCUCGAUCUUCGGCAGAGGCUGAAUAUCGAGCUAUGGCGAGCACUGUUAGCGAGCUUCUCUGGCUUCGGUGGCUCUUAAGUGAACUUGGCGUUAAGCAGGACUUUCCUACCCCGUUACAUUGUGAUAAUCAGGCUGCUUGUCACAUUGCCAAUAAUCCUGUCUUCCAUGAACGCACGAAGCACGUCGAGAUGGACUGUCACUUUGUCCGUGAAAGGGUCCAAUCUGGGGAGGUCUUACCUGUGAAAGUACGGACGGAGUUGCAGCUCGCUGAUAUCCUCACAAAAGGCCUUGGUGCGGAUCGCUUUCGUUUUCUUCUCUCCAAGCUGAAUGUUCGUGAUCUCCACAUGCCAGCUUGCGGGGGAGUAUUGGACCAGGACAUCAGGACGUCAAGUCCGCCAGCCCAGCCCAGCUCGCACGCAGUUACUUGGACGCCAAGUAGCCGAGCAAACAGUCCUUAUCCUACAUGUAUUUGUUCUCCUUGUGAUACCCUAGAUAAUUAUGUUGAAAAAGGGUAUAAAUACAUGUAUCAGGC